CUGUAUCCAAAUUGAUAGAUAUUUUUACUAGAAAAUUCGACAAGAAAAACCAUGAUCACCUUUCAGAUGCAGAGGAUAAACAGCAGAAAUUAAGAUUACAUGAUCGCAAGGUUUGUACUGCGAUGAACCUUUAGAAUUUUUCUCACUCAUGUAGCUUCCAUUUUUAAUACUUAGAUGAUCUCCUUUCACAUCAAACCUGUGUCACUUUAUAUUGUCUUUGACCUGAGUUUCCACUCUUUUGGCUCUAUCAGGACUUUUCUGCAGCCAGUGUUACUAAAAAGAUGAAAUUAAAGUUUAGUAAAGCAUGGAUAUCAUUCCUUAGAUUGCCGCUUCCACUUGAUGUAUACAAGGAAGUAAGCAGAUCAUUAGCAAUUUGAUGUGUAUUUUGCAUCUUAAGAGUGUUUCUUCUGGAUGUUGAGCUCCUAUAUGUUCUGUUUCAGUUUCUCUGUUGUGUAGAAGUAUGGAGUUUACUGUCACCAGAUGUAUAUAAUCUGAUACAUAUUGAUCUCAUGAAGCAAAUGCUGUAUGGACAAAAAGAGUAAUAAUUGAUGGAAGUUCCUCAUUUGUUAUAUUGUUGCCAUCUUGAAUGAUAAUUCUAGUUAUCCCCGGUGUUCAUACUAUUCACCUUUCCUGAUUAUAAGGGGCUAUGGACAAAAAGAGUAAUAAUUGAUGGAAGUUCCUCAUUUGUUAUAUUGUUGCCAUGUUGAAUGAUAAUUCUAGUUAUCCCCGGUGUUCAUACUAUUCACCUUUCCUGAUUAUAAGGGGCUGCUACUGUUAUCUGAAACUGGCUUUGAAGGCUCUCACACAUGUCAUUGGUUUGAUAUCUUUUUGGUUGCUUUUCUUGUAUCAUUAUAUUGUUUGUUUGAAUGAUUUGAUUUGCAUUAAAAUUCAUGCUCUCUUGCUCUUGCUUUGUGGCUUAGGUUCUUGCUACUCUUCAUCAAGCUGUUAUUCCUCACCUGUCUAACCCAAUCAUGCUGUGUGAUUUCUUAACAAGAUCAUAUGAUAUAGGAGGUGUUGUGAGUGUAAUGGCUCUCAGCAGUCUCUAUAUCCUUAUGACACAACAUGGCCUUGAGUAUCCAAAUUUCUAUGGGAAGCUUUAUGCACUGUUGGAACCUUCUAUCUUUAUGGCUAAAUAUCGAGCAAAAUUUUUUGAGCUUAUUGAUUCUUGCUUGAAAUCACCGCUUCUUCCAGCAUAUUUGGCUGCUGCUUUCUGUAAGAAACUGAGUAGACUUGCACUUUCUGUCCCACCUUCAGGAGCAUUAAUCAUUAUUGCUUUAGUCCACAAUCUUCUUAGGAGACAUCCUUCAAUCAACUUCUUGGUGCACCAGGGGUAUGUCAAUGAGGCUGGUAAAGAGACUUCCGCAACAGACAAGAGUGGUGUUGACAGAACAGAUGACACGGAUUCUGCGAGCAAGCAAGGCAUUGAUCAAUUUGAUUAUGAGCAAAGUGAUCCCAUGAAAACUAAUGCUAUGAGAAGCUCUUUAUGGGAAAUUGAUACACUCCGGCAUCACUAUUGCCCACCAGUGUCAAGAUUUGUGUUGUCCCUCGAGAGUGACUUAACAAUUAGAGCCAAAACAUCUGAAGUUGCUGUGCAAGAUUUCAGUUCUGGAUCAUAUGCAACUAUUUUUGGCGAGGAGGUAAUAUGGUCAAUCUUUAUACUUGAAAAUCAUGCCAUGGAUCCUUUAGGUGGCCUCAGAAAUAAGGCAUCUUCUGUUCUCCUCGUUUUUGUUGCUUUCUUAAUAUUUUAACAAACAUUUGUAGCAUCUGUUUCUAUGUGCUUAUCAAGUCCUUGCACAAGCACUACUCAGAAUUGCUAAAUCUGGCGGUGAUUGUCUUCUAUGCGAUAGCAAUCAGAUCAUUGCUGUUAGAGCAAGCUUUGGUGUCUAUAUAAUAAAGUGUCCCGAAUCACUAUCCUUGCUUGCAGAUUAGACGCAGGGUCAAACAGGUGCCUCUGGCAUUCUAUAAAUCUACUCCAACCUCUUUGUUCUCAGAAUCCGAUUUUCCUGGUUGGACUUUUGAUCUCAAUGAUGGGGAGCCUGUUGCUGUCAAUGAUGAGAAUGGAACUGUGGAUACACCCAAAGAACAUGACCACAUUUCUGUGAAACGUCAGUGUCUAGUACCUGUGUAAAGAAAGUACUCUUUCGCCAAAAGAAAAGUUUUGCUCAUUGCCGUUGCCUCCCUUAAUUUUUUAGUGCGACUUGUUGCUGCGGGGGGUAUAGGGUUGCAUCAUUGAGCAGUUAUUCAACUUACUAAUCUGUUUCACAUCAAAAAAUGACGACUUGCCAAUCAUGCUUGGUGACUAUAGGUUGUAGGUAAGUAAUUUGGCAGUUGGUACCAUGGUUUGACAAGCUAAAGUAUAUUAGGACAAUCAAUUGCUGGUUGUAUACAAGUGUGUGUGUGUGUGUGUGGGGUACAGUGGAGGCUGAUAGGAUUGGAUUUGCAAUUUUUACUACACUGUUAGUUGAAUUGUGCUGGGUUCGCCAGUAUGUUGUAUCCAUGCAUAUUGUUAUUUGAUGGUCUGCAUUUUUACAAUUGGGGCAGUCCUUCAAAUUGUAUUGGAGAACACAGUUCAACGUUUACAUUGCAGUUGCAUUGUGUUUAAAUUGUAUUGGAGAACAAAGUUCGAACUUUUUUCCCUUGUAAUGCUAAUUAAAAUAGCAUUUGUUACGAGUUGCCAUGGUGGCUGCGUUAUGUCUUGGGGUGAAUAGGUACGAGGGCAAGAGACGCAUGGUUGGCUUAAAAGGUUCAAUAGAUAUUUAAAGCUGUCAUACUUUCGUUGCCGACUCUCGACUGAAGGCCUUGGAUAGAUUUUAUUUAUUUCUGUUUUAUGCAGUUAGUUGUCAAGUGGAUGCUUCACAAACCUGCGAUGACUUGCCUCAUCUGUAAAACCUCCGAUGCUUCACAAAUGUUGGAUGAAUAUAUACACUAUUUAAGUAUAUGAAUUAAUAAAGACGCUGAAGGUGGUGUUACCUUAAAUGUAAUAGCUUUGAACUAUUAUAAAAGGGGUGAGCCAAAAAAUGAAAGAGGAAAGAAACUCCAAAAAAACAAGAGAGAACGAGCGAUGGAGGAAAACGUGGAACUCAGGGGCAAAGUAUGCGUUACCGGUGCAUCUGGCUUUCUGGCUUCUUGGCUGAUCAAGCGACUGCUGCUGUCUGGCUAUCAAGUAACCGGGACGGUCAGAGAUCCAGAAAAUGCCAAGAAGGUAGCGCAUCUCUGGAGGCUGGAGGGAGCAAAAGAGAGACUGGUGCUGGUGAAGGGCGACUUAAUGGAGGAAGGCAGCUUCGAUGAUGCAAUAAUGGGCUCUGAAGGUGUCUUUCACACUGCUUCCCCUGUUCUAGGGCGACCAGCAUCCGAUCCCAAGGCUGAAAUUUUGAAACCUGCUGUUGAGGGUACGCUAAAUGUGCUGCGUUCGUGCAAGAAAAAUCCAUUUCUGAAGCGUGUUGUUCUGACCUCGUCUUCCUCAACUGUGAGGGCAAGAGAGGAUUUUGAUCCCAACGUACCACUGGACGAAUCAUCUUGGAGCUCUGAGAUACUCUGCGAGAGACUUAAGAUCUGGUAUGUUUUAUCAAAAACUCUGGCGGAGAAGGCUGCCUGGAAAUUCUGCGAGGAGAACAAGAUUGACCUGGUCACCGUUCUCCCCUCAUUCGUGGUUGGACGUAGCUUGCCUCCGGAGUUAUGUUCCACAGCGGCCGACGUCCUUGGCUUGCUCAAAGGGGAGACGCAGAAAUUCGAAUGGCAUGGAAGAAUGGGAUAUGUGCAUAUUGACGAUGUUGCGCUGUGUCACAUCCUGGUGUAUGAACGCAGGAAUGCUCAAGGACGAUACCUCUGUUCUUCCACUGUCCUUGACAAUGAUGAGCUCGCCUCCAUUCUAUCCGCUUCCUACCCUGCCCUGCCUAUACCCAAAAGGUUUCACAAGCUUGAUAACAGACCAUCUUAUGACCUGAAUACAUCGAAGCUGGAGGGCUUAGGAUUCAAGAACUUCAGGUCCAUCCGGGAAAUGUUCGAUGACUGCAUCGCAUCCCUGGUGGAACAAGGCCACCUUUCUUCUUCUUGAUCAACGUCUACUCUUGGCCAUGACUACAGUCACUGCAACAAGUCAAAAGACCAUUUUUUGACUAUGUCUACUCUUGGUUCAGAAUCCUUUUUUUUCCUUUUUUCCAUAGGGCUUUCCAGGGUUUAUUGUGUCUUUAUUUGCGUUGUUAUAGUGCAAAAGUCCUGUGUCUACCAUCCCAGUUGCAACUCUGUCCUGUUUGAGGCUCUUAAUUUCUAAAGAUUCAGAUAAACGCUACAACUUUUCUAGUCCAAGAAAGGGUAAAAAAUAGAAAAUGUUGGAGCCUAAAAUUGCCAUUUGGGAAUUUAAAAAUGUCUUUGCAGGAACUCUGGCGUAUCCUCUCCUCUCGCAACAAUUGGGACCAGACAUCUUAUUAAACUAAUCUCUCUGUUACAAUUGAGGUGCACAGUAUCCAAAUAGAGCCCUCUUUGCAAGCAGCUACCAUCUGCAGCUGAGAGGACCACAUUUUGCACUGCUUAAAAGUUAGAACACAACGUAAUUUUUACCAAAAGAAAAAGGAGGGAAAAAAAAAAAGAACUACUAAUUGAUGAAAUAUAGAAUCACAAUCCAAGUGAAAUUUUAUGCAGCUUAGGCAAAAAAAUGUUUCAGGAUUCGUUAUGGGUACUGAACUGUCUUUAACUAUUAACAGUAUGUGUCCAUUUAAUUACUCAGUACUAUAAUCUACAAAAGAGUAACGACCACCCGUCUACACUACUAAGGAGGGAGGAAGGGGCUCAUAUAGGGGGAUGGUCGCAAUUCAUCUUCCUCUCCACUCGAAAAUGCAUCUGUUGGUAGCAAACUGGUACUUUUGACUCUCCUGUGUGAUAAUUUUAGGGAAAAAAAAAAAA